UUCAAUUUUUCACUCCUACUCUGGCUUCCGGACGCCAAGACAGACCGCUGCCGCCGAAUUUAAAGAGACAGGCGAUAGUUAUUUUAAAUACGAUAAACGGCAACCAUUGUCCCUUAGCUUAUUUCCUGACGCUUCUCGUCUAAGCUUGUUUAAAUCGAUGGGGAUGUUUGCUCAAAGUCGCAGCGAGUAGCAGCUUGUCUGUCAUUGCGCUCCACUCUGCUGGAUUCUCCGUCCUUUUGCGCUGUAGCGAGACUGUCCAGCUAGGCAAAGUAGGGUUGCUUGCUGGCAGGCUGGCUUCCCGACCGACAAGAAGGUUUGUCGGGUAGCCAACAACUGGAGGUAACACCGAAGCUUCCCUCUCAAGUUGUGGUGGUGGCUCACAAGCCUCCUGUCGCCGGGAUAAUGGCGAAGAUUCAGGCGCACAGCACCGCGAAGCAAAUAAACCAAAUUCAAGACAAGCCUUACGUUAUAACACAAAAGCAAGUGCAGCAGCAGCACUUCCAGAAGCUGAAGGUUGAAGAUGCCUUGUCAUAUCUGGACCAAGUCAAAAUUCGUUUUGCAAAUGAUCCUGGAAUAUACAACAAGUUUCUGGACAUCAUGAAAGAGUUCAAGUCACAGAGCAUUGACACACCAGGGGUGAUAAACCGCGUGUCACAGCUCUUCCAUGGACACCCAGACCUAGUCUUGGGCUUUAAUGCCUUCCUACCACCGGGGUAUCGGAUAGAGGUCCCAAAGAAUGGGGUGGCUUUUCUCCAGUCUCCGUUCUCCUCACAGGUAUCCCCAAGCCAGCAGGGGAAGUGUGUCACCACCUCUGCAGUGACCGUAACCUCAGGUAGUGCCUCUGCUGCCAACAUUGAAGCUGGAUCUGCGCAGACCAGUGAAGUCAAGGCGGCUCCAUCAGAUUCCCUGUCCUCCUCAACUCCAGCAGGACCUCCGGAGGCCCCCACCCGUCUUUCUCUUCCCCUGACUAGCAGAGAGAGCCAGAAUCAGGCGACCACCUCGUCUGUAUCACCACCUGCCUCAGAGACAAGCCCCGUAGAGUUUGACAGUGCCAUCAGCUAUGUAAAUAAGAUUAAAAACCGCUUUCUGGAUCACCCAGAGAUCUACAGAGCCUUCCUAGAGAUUCUUCACACAUAUCAGAAGGAGCAGUUGGAGGUGAAGGAAAGUCGAGGCGGCCGAGGCAGUAGUGGGAUGACCGAAGAUGAGGUGUUUUCUAAAGUUGCCAGUCUUUUCAAGGGGCAAGAAGACCUGCUGGCUGAGUUUGGGCAAUUCUUACCUGAUGCCAAGAGAUCAUUGUUUACAGGGAGCUCAUUGACAGGAGGGAAAGAACAGUUGAAAAGGCCGGAGGAGGACGACGCGAUAACCAAACAGAACAAAAAGAGGCCCAGGCCCAUACUACUGCAGCACAUGUCCCCACUGCUCAAGAAGAAAAUGAAGUAUUCCUGUACCAAAGAUCAGUCCUUUGCUUCAGUUGGCAAACAUGGAGUCUUAAGAGAAUUCUCCUUCUUUGAUAAGGUGCGGCGCCUGUUUAAAAGCCAGGAGGUGUAUGAGAACUUCCUGCGCUGCAUUGCCUUGUUUAAUCAGGAAGUAGUUUCGGGAGCGGAGCUUCUACAGCUAGUCACUCCUUUCCUGGGGAAGUUUCCCGAACUGUACACACAGUUUAAGUCAUUUCUGGGGGACAAAGAGCUCUCUCAUGCUAUGUCAGGGCUGUCAGAUCGCUACAUGGAGGGGGGAGGGGGCAGGGAGGUGGAUUAUGCCUCCUGCAAGCGCCUGGGAUCCAGCUACAGAGCACUGCCCAAGACCUACCAGCAGCCUAAAUGCAGUGGGCGCACUGCCCUUUGCAAGGAGGUGUUGAACGACACCUGGGUGUCAUUUCCUUCUUGGUCAGAGGACUCCACCUUUGCCAGCUCGAAGAAGACUCCUUAUGAGGAGCAGCUGCAUCGCUGUGAGGACGAAAGAUUUGAGUUGGAUGUGGUUCUGGAGACCAAUCUGGCCACUAUCAGGGUGCUGGAGAGUGUCCAGAAGAAGCUCUCCCGUCUUUCCCCAGAGGACCAGGACCGAUUCAGAUUAGACGACUGCCUGGGCGGCACCUCUGAGGUCAUUCAGCGUCGUGCGGUGUAUCGUAUCUAUGGUGACAAAGCCCCUGAGAUCAUCGAGGGACUGAAGAGGAGUCCUGCUACCGCUGUGCCUGUGGUGCUCAAGAGGUUGAAAGCCAAGGAAGACGAGUGGAGAGAGGCCCAGCAGGGUUUCAAUAAGAUUUGGAGGGAGCAGUACGAGAAGGCCUACCUGAAGUCCCUUGACCACCAAGGAGUCAACUUCAAACAGAAUGACAUGAAGGCCCUGCGGUCAAAGAGCCUUCUCAAUGAGAUUGAGAGUGUCUACGAUGAGCGUCAGGAGCAGAGCACAGAAGAGGGUGGAGUUGGCCAGCAGAACCGCAAUGGCUCAGGUGCGGCCUUGUCAAGCGAGCCUCACAUGGUGUUUAUGUACGAGGACAAACAGAUCCUGGAGGACGCUGCCUCGCUCAUCAUCUACCAUGUCAAACGUCAGCCCACCAUCCACAAAGAGGACAAGGACCACAUCAAGCGCAUCAUUCAGCACUUUGUCCCCGACCUGUACUUCUCCCGCCGCGGCGAGCUCAGUGAUACUGAAGACUGGACAGAUGAGGAGGUUGAGCCUGAGGAGGGUGCAGAGCGAGCGCUAGGAGUUGGAGCAGCACCACUACUACCACCACCACCAGCAGGAGCCGGAGGAAAUGUUAAUUCUAACAAUACAUCAGGAGCAACAGCAGCCACGGGGAGUCAGUCUCAACCCCAACCUGCCCUGUCCCAACCUCAGCAGCUCAAUGGUGAGUCGAGGCGGAGGCGCUGCAGCCCAUCCCAACCUGCAGACACAGAGGCCUCCACCACCUCAAGUAGCACGAGCCAGCCUGCAGGGACUGCCUCAUCCACCCCUGCGUCUACGCCCAUGGAGACGGGCUUAGGUGCACCUGGGGAGAAAGUGGACCUGCGCGACCCUGAAGCAGAGCACCAGAAAGAGCUGGACGGUGUCUACAACCUUUUCUUCGUCAACAACAACUGGUAUUUCUUCUUGCGACUGCACCAGACCCUGUGUACGCGCCUGCUGCGGGUCUACCGGCAGGCAGAGCGGCAGCUGCUGGAGCACCGAGCUGAGCAGAGCAGGGAGAGGCUGCUGAUGGCCGAGGGAAGGAGAGAAAAAGCUUGUGACCUCGCCAUGGAGCUCCGCCUCAAACAGCCCAGUGAGGUGGAGUUAGAGGAGUACUACCCUGCCUUCCUGGAUAUGGUGCGCAGCCUGCUAGAUGGCAAUCUGGACUCCACACAGUAUGAAGACACACUGAGAGAGAUGUUCACCAUCCACGCUUACAUCGGCUUCACCAUCGACAAGGUCAUCCACAACAUCAUUCGGCAGCUACAGCACCUAGUGAGCGACGAGGUGUGUCUGCAGGUGGUUGAUCUUUACCUGGCUGAGAGGAAGAGGGGGGCAGCGGGGGGUAACCUGUCCUCGCAGUGUGUUAGAGCAGCCUGGGAGACCAGCUACCAGUGGAAAGCUGAGAGAGUCAUGGCUGAAGAGAACUGUUUCAAGGUGAUGUUUCUCCAAAACAAUGGUCGUGUGACGAUGACCAUUGAGCUGCUGGACACUGAGGAGGCCCAGGCUGAUGACCCGUUAGAUGUACAGUGCCUGUCGAGCUACAUGGAGCAGUUUGUAGGAACUGAGUCCAGUCUGUGUUCGCAAGCCGAGGGCUACUUCUUCAAACCUGUAUUCCUGCCCAGGAACCUGCGUCGUUUCCGUCGCUGGCAGGUGCGGCAGGUGGAGGCGAUGCGCUGCAGGAGAGAGUGGCACCGCCAGCUGGGCGUGGAGAACGCCGGGAGUCUGGACUGUCGAUUUAAACUCAACACUCACAAGAUGGUGUUUGUCAUGAACUCUGAGGAUUACAUGUACCGCAGAGGAGCACUCGUCAAGGCCAGGAAGUCGCAGCACAGAGUGGCAGCAAGCCAGCAUGAACGCUUUGACAAGUGGCACCAGGGCUGGCUGGCCAAUCACGUUACGGCCUCGGCUGGACGCUCCGUGCAGAACUGGCUAAUGGGCGAGGAGGAAGAGGACAUGAUCCCCUGCAAGACUACCUGCCUAUCGACUGAGGUGAAAGGGCAAACGGUGAACAGAUACCAAGUUCAUUACAGCGGUAGCAAAGCCCCAGCCUCCCCGUAGAGAUAGACAUACUGUACACACACACAGGUAAAUGCAUGGACGUACAGGACAUUCAUACACUAAAUACAGACAUAAACCGCUGCAGUCCCACUUCUCCACCUUCCUCCACUACAUGUCCACUCAUUCACUUUCACUGAUGGAUGAAGAAACACAGUGCAGACUCUGGACUGUUAAUACCAGUGGACAGUGAGUCAGUGAAUGAGUGCACAGUGAGAGGAGUGAUGACAUGGAGAAAAAGGACCAACACAGACAGUGAAGUAACCAGUGAAACUAAACUCGGCCCUGAUUGAUGGCACGAGUCGGACGUGACGGCACAAACGGAGCUCAUCAUCCUCAGUAUCCUCAUCAUCAUUAUUCUUCUAGCUUCUCUGGUGGCACUAAAAGUUGAUGGACACAGUUGAUCAGGUGAGAAGUUAUGAGAUCAUGAAAUUUGUUUCAGAAAUGUGAAUGUCUGUUUAUUUUUCUUCUUUUUUUAAGUCAAGUGUAGUUUUUAGCUUCUAAAUCCAGAGAGCCUUCUGUUGGUUGGUUGGUUUAUGCGUGUUUAUAUGGAGAGACAAUGGUAAACGUGUGUAUGUAUGUGUAUCCUGCUCUCUUCAUUUUGUCUGUUUGUAUGCCCAGUACAGGCUCUACAACUCUAGUAAUUGCAUUGUUACUGUAUGUGCAUAUAUAUAUAUAUAUAACAGGGAUCCUGUAUUUUUAUAUAUGCAUCUACAUGAGUUGAUACAUUUGAGAUCAUGUUGUUCUUUACAGUGUUUGCUGUCAGCCAACUCUUGAUGUUUUGCAUUUUUAUUUUUAUUUUUUUUCCUUUUUUUGUGUUGUAGCUAAACAAGUUAUCAACAAGGCAACAAGGAGACCUUAAAUUAAUUGGUUAAAUAUGGAGGACGCAGUCAAAUUAUGUAUCAUAUUCAUGAUACUAAAUGUUUACUUUGUAUUGUCUUUUUUUUGGCAUACUGACAUUGAAAAUAAAAGCAAAAUAUCAGUGUUAAAAUAGAAUGUAUAACAUUUAUCCUGUAUCAGUUAUCAUAAAAUAAACAACCUAGUUGUGACCUUCUUAGAUGUUGA